AUGGACGCUUCCGGACUUUUCGUAACGGAUGACACGCAUUCAGACGAUGAUAACAUCUCCAUCAAUUCCACCCUCGCGUCCGAUCAUGACUCCGAUGAGGAGUGGUCCGUGCAGGGCAUCCGCGCCCAGAGUCGUGAAGGCGGAAGAGACAAAUUUCUCGUGGAGUGGACUGAUUAUCCCAUUGAGGAGGCUACGUGGGAGCCAGAAGAAAACGUGACGGAUGAGCUACUUGGGGAAUGGAGAGAUACGCAAGCAAAGCAGGCUCGAGGCGAGGAGAGCCCAUUCAACAUUGCCGCCUGGCAAGAAAGCGUGGCUAAGCGUAACGAGGCCAAAUACCAACGGCAUCACAAGCGCAAUAUUGAACGGAAACAACGCGGCAUCCAACUCAGACUUUGGGAGGGGGAAACCAAGGCGGAUUACUAUCUCAGCGACGAGGACGUUGGAGUGGAUGAUUACAACGCUUUGUUUCCCCCUCCAAAGGUUGUGGGGCGAGAAGACGAUGUGGUUCACCAUGACACUCAACCCCCCGUGCCUCCCGAAAGUUCACCAAAGCAGACGGUCGCAGAGAACCCAAACCCUCAGAAACGGUCUUCCGUGGCAGAGAAGCCAAAAUCAACAACAGAGAAGACGAAUUUUGUGUCUAUUCCUCAGCCACGUUCGCAGCCAUCUUUAGAGCAGGCAGCGGCGAACGGAUCCCAAGGAACAGGAAAGAAGAAGUCUCUCGCGAUUAAACUGGUCAACAAUGCGACCACUAGCCGGCAACCGUCCAGUGAUACAGCAACUGCGCGGAUUGCCCACAAGGCCAAAAAGACUGCUACGAGCUCCAGGACGAUGGUCAGAUCACAGCAUAGCGGAACGGGCAUCAAUGUCUUCGCGGCCGGCAAACAAUCGAAGCAACGCCGUCAACUUGUUCAAAAUGUGGUAGACCCCACCAAAGACGCUCGCUUGUUUUCAAAUCACCGACUCAGGAGAAAGGUCGAGUUGCAAGGCCGCGAUAGAGCAGAUGUGGCUCCCACCGUUCCAACGAAGCUGUUCAGUAUCAGCCGCGGGCCCCCCCCUGGCACAAACAUCGGUUCAAACAUCAGUCCCACGACGAGCAACCCUCGGUCUGCACUUAGACGUUCAACCGAUGACUUCACAACGAGGUCAGCCAGCGAGUCCAGUGUGACGGCGUCAGAGAGGAUGGAUUUGACACGUCCUCCAACCCUGGAGCAGUCCCAUACUACUCAGCCAAUGGUCAGGAAAAGGAAGUCUGUUCAGUUUGUAGACUUGCCGCUUGUCGAUGAGCCAGAGGAUAUGGAAAUGGACGACCAGAUUGUUCCGCCGAAAAGACUCAAGUCGCCCCCGAUGCCUCCAGAUCUGUCCCAGUCUUCACAACCGCCUGCCAAACCUCAGUCUAUCCUUCGCAAGCUAUCAAUAACAGACUACAAGUCGAGGAGCACAGGCCAAAACUACGACAAAGCAGUCAUCUUGGGUCCAUCAGGAAGCAAGGACAUUGAAAUGAUAUUUGACAACGUCACAACCGACUCCGACGCAUGGCAUAUGCGGUUUGUAAAUGAGAAAAUGCUGCAUUUCGCCAGAAAUUUCACUGCAAAGUCUUUUGCCUCUCAAAGAACAGGAGUUGUCGAAAGGGUACUUUCAAAUGGAAGCGUCAGGCCCAAGUCGGCAACUGACCAAGGCGCUGUCGAAAGAGCGGCAGAGCAGCUACGAUCAGGGUCGUUCGGGGUCGCGUGCUUUUAUGAAGAGUUUCUCAUCAUCAUUUACCCAGCUCAGUGUGAAGAUUGGAAGCAGAUAAUGCAUGAAGCCGAAGCCAACAGCCCGGCGAACGUCGCCCUGAGAUAUAUCAUCUUCAAGCCACAGCCAGCUGCCAAGCCUUUACCCGCCAGGCAGGUCGAUACCGUCGAUAACCCAAAGAUAACUCCGCGCGUUGCGGUAUUUCGCGACCUCUUACGCCUCGACUACCAGAAGAUCCUACCCCCCGGGAUUCGAGAUGUACGUCAUAAUUUUUACCUGGCGUUUCCCCCCUCUAGGGUAUUCUUACUUGAGGCUGUGAGCGAGUGGCUUCGUUCGGAGAAUCCAAAGUGUAGGGUAUUCUCAACUAAAACCAAUGGCGACUGGGCUGCCUUUACCAACCCGAAGAUUGUUGCGCAAGGAGUCAUCAUUGUUCACGAGACGGCCGCUGAUGCUCUUCGACGGUUUCCUGGCUUGCUCAAGCUACUUUUGCAUAAGAGCAGUGCAACUUAUGUCUUCUGGUGCAUCGGGGAGUCACUUCAGCUGUCUCCCGCGUACCCAUCCAUUCGGUCUAUACAUGAUCAGUCAGAGCCAGGCACAUUUGAGUUGACGAGAUUUUUCCCCCACGGCAACGCAAUCUUGGUUACCCCAAGCUUUCUGGUCUCUGAGCCCCACCGUGCCCUGCGACUUUUUGAGUGGUACAAGAAUACCUAUAAGAAGUCCGCAAACAACCAAAAGAUCGUGGCCGCUGCAAGCAUACGCGAGUAUAUGCGAGAUCUUGCGUAUGAGCGGUCCGCUCAUCGUGAUGAGUUGAUGACGGAGGGCAAUAGGACACGCAAGUGGUCGAUGUCGGACCGAGAGGAAAUAGCACGCAAGGCAGGAUUGAGCAGAGAAGACUGCGCAGCUCGCUUUGAGACCUGUGCCAUAGUGGAGGGUCUCCAGCCGUCAGUAGAGAUGAGCAUUGUGCCGGACGAACAGCUUGAGCCGAUUGUCUUUGCUGACGGGUCUAUUGAUGCCAAUGACGAGCAAAGCUUGGUGAAUUGGUUCGGUUGUUGGUCCCAGACCCGGCUCGAUCAGUUCCGCAAGUUCCACGUUUUGGGAACAGAUGGCAGUUCCGACAACAGCCACUUGAUCAAAGACAGCGACAUUCCCAUAUACCCACCCGGGGUAGGUCGCGAUACAGGAGCCGAACCAAACCUCAAUGUACAUGGUCCGGAUCAGAUCAUGUCAGGCUCUGAUCAUGAUGUUCAACCCCAAAGCGGCGUUAGUAAGCUUCUUGGAGGCCUGUCUGCAUUCCACUUUACCGGCAAGUUGAUGGCAAUUGGCAAGCAAAAUGAACGUCCAAAUUUGUGUCCUUUUGGGAAGCUCUUCGGCUAUCCGGUCUCCUACUAUGAAGAUGUCGUCAAUACAGCUGACUCUUAUGGAGAUUUCCACCGCGACUUUAAAACGUUCGAUAAGUGGAUGAAGUUUCCCUGGCCAUUCUUCUCUACCUACCAGCCAUUUUUCAAACCUCCGGGAGGGAUCCAUGUGCCGCCGACGUUCAACACCUACUUCGCCUUCUUUUACACUCCCGAAGAAGACUCUCCAAUCAAGCCGCCACCGCGCCAUCCAUGGCUCGCGAUUUGGCGGGUCCGUGAACCUCACAAGCCGUGGGAGGGGACAGAGCUUUUCAUAUGGGACGUUACUGCAAAGGGGCGAUAUUCCACAGCGAACGAGAUCUAUGAGUGUCAACUUCUCCAGGCUCAGCAGCAUCUUAUACAGAUGGUACGGGAACGAAGUGAAGACGUUCAACGGGGCCUUCCUCUGCAGCAGGUCUGGUUCGGCGGUUUCGAAACAGAACCUUCAGACUACACCUUGCCGGUCGACAUCACUAUCUUUAACUUGGAUGUGAUGAUGUCGAACACCAAGAAACAUCUCCCGGUGCAAGAUCGGUUCUUGCUUCGCAGGGGAUAUCGCAAGAUCUUUCCCGGCGAAGCGCCUGCUCGGCAAGGAUCUCAUCUCGCAGAUUCGAUGAAUGUUGAUCUGAUGGGCGGUCAUCGUAGUCAUGGCGGCGAGAGCAAGAUCAUAUUCCAUCCACCCCGGGCCAGCAAUCCGAACGGGCAGAGCAGAUGCGAGAACCUGUUCUUCACUUGGGUGAUGAACAUUGACAGAAAAAAACGUCGUAGCGCGUACGCUUACACGUUCAAGCCGACCAUUGAGUGGUAUCAGGAGCAGCAGGUGGCCGAGAACCGGCAUUUCGAGCACAUCAACGUUGCUUCCUGGCAACGCGUCUUUGAACUUGUCAGAAUUCCCCCUGAGAGGAGAGACAAGGCAGAGCCGCGAGGGAAUGGCGAGAAGUGA